AUGUUAAAAUCGUUCGGUCAGCACGUUCCGCAAUAUCGUUUUGCUCAGGAUGUGGUCGUUCGUGGUCUCGUGACGUAUCUCUUUUGCACUGAGCCGGUUCUGGGUCCGACUUCACAACAACUGGCCGCAAGACAAGUCAUUUCUAGAGAGCUUCCGGUAUUCAGUGGUGACCCCAUCGAAUGGCCACUUUUCAUUAGUAGCUACAAUCAUUCCACAGCGGCGUGUGGCUACACCGAGUCUGAAAAUCUGCUACGGUUGCAAAGAUCGUUGAAGGGAGUCGCCAAGGACGCUGUCAGCAGUUUUCUCCUGCAUCCGUCUACAGUGCAGCAAGUUCUAUCAACGCUUCAGACGCUGUACGGAAGACCGGAGCAGAUUGUGCACAACCUUGUCGUCAAAGUUCGAGCUACACCCGCCCCCAAACCUGAGAGGCUGGAAACGUUGAUGCAGUUUGGAUUAACCGUGCAAAACUUGUGUGGUCACUUACAAGCGGUGGGGAUGGACAAUCAGCUUUCUAACCCAAUCCUCCUACAAGAGCUAGUGGAUAAGCUGCCGGCGAAUAUCAAGUUUAACUGGGCGCUUCAUCAAGAGAAUCUGUCGGUAGUUGAUUUGAAAGCGUUCAGUGAAUAUAUGAGGAAAGUUACAGCUGCUACAAGCGGUGUUACGAGCUUUUCCUUCGCAGCGAAACCAACGAAAGACGAGAGACAUAGGGCUAAAGAUAAGGCGUUCGUGAACGCUCACGCGGCCCACGAACAAAAGGAUCCAGGUACAGCUGUCAACUCAUACGGAGAGAGGCGAGGGCAGAAUAAAAGCGGCAAAUACCGAUCAGGCGAUGCAACAAAUAGCUGUCCUGCGUGCGGCGCUCACGACCACACAGCAGCAAGCUGUGGGGCUUUCAAAAAGCUUUCGAUAGACGGACGGUGGAACUUCGUCAAGGAUAACAAACUGUGCCGUCGCUGUCUCGUAUCCCACACGCGCUGGCCAUGCGAAGGCGAGGUUUGUGGUAUCAAUAACUGCGAGAAACGUCAUCAUCGUUUACUGCACUCGGAGCCCAAGAAGCAGCCUGUUACCGAUGCCACUGUUACCAUCCACCGUCAGCCCGUAUCGUCGACGCUGUUCAAGAUUCUUCCGGUGACUUUGUACGGGAAAAAUGGAUCAGUGAACACGUUCGCUUUCCUAGACGACGGAUCGUCUGUCACAAUCAUUGAACAGACCAUAGUAGACAAACUAGGAGUAGACGGGCGACCGCAUUCUUUGUGCAUCCAUUGGACCAGUGGCAUAAAUAAGAAAAUUGCAACCAAGGAGCUAGAGGCGAUAAGAAUUUCGGAACCCGGAAGCAAAAUGCGCUUCAACCUGUCCGAAGUGUAUACCGUCGAAAACCUGGGACUACCGGAACAAUCGUUGGACGCUGUAGAGUUGUCGAAGGAGUUUUCCCAUUUGCGGCAUCUACCAGUCAGGAGUUAUCGAGGGGCCGUUCCUAGACUGCUGAUUGGAUUAAGCAACUCACACCUGCUGACGACAACCAAGCUUCGAGAAGGCCAAGAGCGGGAACCAAUCGCUGCGAAGACUCGCAUUGGUUGGGUUGUAUGUGGCUGCUUAGGAGGAAGAGAUACAAAUUUCCAGCACAGGCAAAUGCACAUAUGCGCCGAAAAGUCAGAUCAAGAAUUGCACGAUUACGUGCGUGAGUUUUUCUCAGUGGAGAGUCUCGGAGUUGCCGUAGCUCCAAACUUGGAGGGAAUUGAAGAUCAGCGAGCGCGCAGGAUUCUUGAGGAAACAACAGUUCGGUCAGUAAGCGGGAAGUUCGAGACCGGGCUGCUUUGGAAAAAUGAUGUCAUAGAGUUCCCAGACAGUCGACCCAUGUCGGAGCGUCGAUUGAGAUGCCUUGAAAAGCGAUUGGAGAAGGACCCAAAGCUAUAUGACAGCGUACGGCAACAGAUAGCGGACUACAAGUUGAAAGGCUACAUCCACGUAGUGACAGAAGAAGAAAUGACCGAGUUCGACCCACGGCGUACGUGGUACCUUCCGCUGGGAGUUGUGCUGAACCCAAACAAGCCAGGAAAAGUGAGAGUUAUUUGGGAUGCGGCUGCGAAAGUGGAAGGAGUGUCUUUGAAUUCGGUGCUCCUCAAAGGGCCUGAUCUGUUGACUCCGCAGCUGAACGUGACCUUCAAAUUUCGAGAACGCGAAGUGGCGUUUUCCGGCGACAUCCAAGAAAUGUUCUUGCAAGUCGGAAUCAGCGGAAUCAGGAAGGAGGAUCGAAGUGCGCUUCUGUUUGUCUUUCGUAAUUCACCUAGUGAACCUUUCGUAACCAUGGCGUCUGACGUUGCCAUCUUCGGUGCAACAUGUUCUCCUGCACAGUCACAGUACGUGAAGAAUCGCAACGCAACUGAGAACGAACGAGACCAUCCAAGGGCAGCGGAAGCUAUCAAAAACAAGCAUUAUGUCGACGACUAUUUGGAUAGCGUUGACACCGAAGAAGAGGCCGUCGAACUAGCGUUAGAGGUAGCUGAAGUCCACCGGAAAGCAGGUUUCCAUAUUCGAAACUGGGUAUCGAAUCGACCCUCGGUUCUGGAAGCUAUAGGGGAAGUGAAUCCAACUACGGUCAAAAGCCUAUCGAUGAACAACCAGAGUGGCUUCGAGAGAGUACUUGGAAUUACGUGGCUUCCUAACGAAGAUUUAUUUUGCUUUACAGUCAGCCUUCAAAACGGACUGGAAAGUAAGAUCGCACCAACGAAACGGGCAAUGCUGAGCUACGUGAUGAAGAUCUACGAUCCGUUGGGGCUAGUCGGUUCACUAGUAGUUCAAGGAAAGAUACUACUGCAAGACGUCUGGAGAGCGAAGGUGGGUUGGGACGAAAAUAUACCCGAGAACCUAUUCGCACGUUGGAAGCUGUGGUUGCAGUCUUUAAAGGAGCUGGACAACGUCCGAAUCCCUCGGAGCUACUUUCCGGGAUACGAUCCUGCUUGUUAUGAAGCCCUUGAGCUGCACAUAUUCGUGGAUGGAAGUGAGCAAGCGUAUUCAUCGGUAGCGUACUUCCGCGUGCAGGAUCGAGGACAGACACGCUGUGCACUAGUUGCGUCCAAAACGAAGGUAGCUCCUCUACAGCUAACUUCCGUACCACGAUUGGAGUUGCAGGCUGCAGUGAUUGGCGCUCGUCUACGCAAGACUAUUCAGGAUGGUCAUUCGGUACAGAUAAAACGCACAUUUUUCUGGACCGACUCAAGUACCGUUGUUUCGUGGGUGAAAUCAGAUACUCGACGAUAUCGGCAGUACGUGGCGUUCAGAGUCAAUGAGAUCCUGAGCCUAUCGACGACGGAAGAGUGGCGUUGGUUAGGAACCAAAAUCAACGUUGCGGAUGAAGCCACCAAGUGGGGAAAGGGUCCGAACUGCAAGCCCGACAGCCGAUGGAUUCGUGGACCAGCGUUCCUGUACGAUGACGAACAGGAUUGGCCAAAAGACAAGUUUCAAGUGACAGCGAAGGAUACCGAAGAAGAAUUGCGACCGAAAUACGUUUGCAGCCACUACUUAUCAUCUCCGAUCAUCGACGUGUCGCGAUUUUCGAAAUACAAGCGGUUAUUACGAUGCGUCGCGUAUGUUCAUCGAUUCUGCGAGAAGCUUCUGCGAAGGAUCAGAAAAGUGACGAGUGAAAAAAAUGAGGACAUCAGCACCGAAGAUUUGCGUAACGCAGAGAGAUAUCUCUGGAAACUCGCACAAUCAGAUUGUUAUCCUGAUGAGGUAGCUACACUUAAACGCAACAUGUUAUUGUCACCAGAAAACAGACAACCGCUACCUAAAAGCAGUUCGUUAGCGAAUUUGCCACCUCUACUGGACGAGUACGGAUUGAUGCGUGUAGAUGGUAGAAUUGCAGCCGUGGAUUACGUGGAACACGAUACCAAAUUUCCGAUAAUUCUGCCCAAAGCGCAUUCGAUCACUAAUCUCCUACUGGACUGGUAUCACCGCAAGUUCCGGCAUGGGAACAACGAAACGAUAGUGAACGAAAUUCGCCAGCGGUUUUGCGUCCCCAAGCUCAGAACACAGAUUCGAUCUAUUAGUAAACGUUGCCAGUACUGCCGAGUGUACAAAUCUACACCUGUAGACCCAAAGAUGAGCCAAUUACCGCGAUGCCGUACAACACCAUUUCUCCGGCCCUUCACCUUUGUAGGAAUCGACUACUUUGGACCCUACCUUGUGAGAGUUGGACGCAGUGCAGUCAAGCGGUGGGUUGCGAUUUUCACGUGUUUAACGGUGAGAGCAAUACAUAUGGAAGUGGUAUACAGCCUAUCUACAGACUCGUGCAAGAAGGCAAUCCGACGAUUCAUUGCUCGCAGAGGAGCGCCACAAGAAGUCUAUACGGACAACGGCACAAACUUCAUAGGCGCUAGCAGGGAGUUGGAGAACGAGUUGCGAGAAAUCAACCACACUAUCGGCAGCACCUUUACGGACGCUAACACUAAAUGGCUCUUCAACCUUCCGGCAGCUCCACACAUGGGCGGAUGCUGGGAACGGAUGGUUCGCUCGGUAAAGACUGCACUCGGAACGUUGCCUGUAUCGCAGAAGAUGGACGAUGAGUCGUUCAUGACAUUACAGUGA